UUGAGCACAAAUAUGUUGUGCUCUGAUUGGACAGGUUUCCUGAUUUGUUUAGUACGUUUUCUAAGCAGGAAGUGAAAUUGAAAUCAUGUUCGAAAGAUAUUGAAAAAAGCACCCCUUGCGUUCAUUGUUCGUUGUAAUCGUGUAACGUUUGCGAUGUCUGACAGCGGUCAUUGUGUGCUGCGUGAUGUGACUCUUUGCUCGCCAGUGGGGGAAAUCCUGCUGAGCGGCUGUGAGAGGGGAGCUCACACCAUUGAUAUCAAACUGGGAACAGACAAGGAAGAGAGUGUACACCCUAUUGGCCAGUCAGAAAUGAGCCCUGAGUUACAGCGCUGUGUUGAAUGGCUUCAGUGCUACUUCAUGAAACCCGAGUCCAUCAGCACUCUUCUUCUGCCUGCCUUACACCAUCCGCUAAUGCAGAGCGAUUCUUUUACAGCACAUGUGCUGUGGACUCUGUUGAAGGAAGUGGGGCUUGGGCAAACGGUCUCGUACAAGCAGCUUGCUGAAAUGAUCGGGAAUCCAAAUGCUGUGCGAGCCGUGGGCUCAGCCAUGAAGAAAAACCCUAUUCCACUGAUAGUGCCUUGCCACCGGGUGCUGCGCAGCUCAGGGGACAGUGGAUCAUAUAUGGGAGGAAAGGGAGAUGAUAUUAAAGUUUGGUUGCUCACUCAUGAGAAAAAAGCAUUGAAACUUCAUUCUUUAAAGAGUGAAUAAUCCUUCUGAUGGACCCCCAAAUCUUCAUGCUGCUUCUCAGUUUGUUCACAAACUUUUUUUUAUUAAGUUUGAGUUUGAAAAACAUUAUGACAGAUUUCUGAUUUGUUUGGACAAAUUAUAUUACACUUCAGCAAACAAAGUCUGUUAUAAUCCAUAUAUCGUCUAUAGUUAUUAAUCUUGAUGAUAAUAAUAAUAAUAAUUAAUAAUCUUGAUGAAUAUGUUUGGAAUUUUUGAGAGCAGGUGAUCAGGUUUGAUUAGUUGUUCUGGUUGUCAGUGUUACAUUCACAUUGUUGAAUGCGAUUUGAAAAAUCAUUCUAUAAACAAGAUAUUUAAUCCAAAGGAUUACAGAAAAUUAUUGUUUUAAAGAAAUUGUAAUUAUUGCAUCUUUUGUAAUCUUUUAUUCCUGACAUGCAUAUGUGGUAUUUUUGCAGCAAGUUAUGCGUUUAAAAGAAAUGUUUAGGCAAUUAAACAGCUCUUUAAAGCAAAUCAGAUGUUUAUUAAUGGUGGAUCAAUUAUCUGCACUACCGGUCAAAUAUUUUAAAUAAUAAAUUAAUUAUUUUUUUUAUUUUUUAUUUUUUUAAAAAAGAGUCUCUUAUGCUCACCAAGACUGCAUUUAUUUGAUCAAAUUAUCAUUUGAAUAUACACUGUCCAGCCAAAAAAAAAAAAUUGCUGUUUGGAUUUAAAUAGGCAAAUACUCAAGAAUCUAUGACUGGAUCAUUAUUGCAGUGAUUAUUAUGUUUCUUGCAUGUUAUGUUUGACAACAGUUAUUUUAACCCUAGUUGAUGGAGUGUGCAGCUUUUCAUUUCUUAACCAUGUAGGAAGACAUAUCAUGGCCAUAUUCCAGGAUGACAAUGUCAAGAUUCAUCAGGCUCAAAUUGUAAAAGAAUGGUUGGGAGAGAACAUGAAGAAUCAUUUUCACACGAGUUGUAACCUUAAAUUCAUUGAAAGUCUUUGGGAUGUGCUGGAGUAGACAGAGUGCUCGACUCUUGUAUUGUCAAUACAAGAUCUUGAACAAAAAAUUGAUGCACCUCUUCAUGGAAAUAAGUGUUGUGAUUUUAUUUCACAAUUUGAGCCUGAUGAAUCUUGACGUUGUCAUCCUGGAAUAAAUAUGGCCAUGAUGUGUCUUCCUACGUGGUUGUUUAAGAAAUGAAAAGCUAUACACUCCAUCAAUUAGGGUUAGAAGAACUGUUUCCAAACAUAUAACAUGCUAGAAACAUAAUAAUCACUGCAAUAAUGAUCCAGUCAUAGACUCUUAAGCAUUUGCCUAUUUAAAUACAGCAACUUUUUUUUGUACUUUAAAAUGUAAUUUAUUCCUGUGUUGACACAAUCUAUUAUCAAACUGAUAAAUGUAACAGAUAUUUAUAUUUUUUUUCUUGUCAGUGGCGAGUUUUAUUUUGUGCUACUCCAUAAUUUGUCAUAAUGCAAAUUCAGUUAUUUUCUCAAGCACAAAUAUCAAAGAUUUCCCUAUACCCCAACCUCUUGAGUGUUUUUUGUUGUUGUUGUUUUUAAAUAAAACAUUUAAUCUCAGUCCACAAAUUUUCAAAUGCAUACUGAGAAUUACUGUUUAGCUGCCAUGCAAAUACAUAUAAUUGUAUUUCUAAACAGUUUCUAGUUCCUCUGGAUGACAGACAGUUGUAAUCUCUUUAAUGGGAGGAUGAAAGAGGGGUGUCCCUGGUGAGAUCUACACAGUCAGUGGUGUGAUACUGUAUUAUAUUGUGUUUGAUCAUAUGUGACAUGUACUGCUUCUACUGCCUCAGGCUGUGCUGAUCUCUCACUAAGCCUUCACAUACAGCAUCAUGCCACCUUACAGAAUAGCAAUUUGUGUCUGACAGAAAAAAAAAAAAAAAAACAGUUGGAUCAUGCUCAGUGAACGGAAACCCUCCCUGUAAUUUCAAAUCAUUCAGUGAAGUGUGGGAGCUGUUAUCAUAACUCUGUGGACUCUGUGUGUGAGAGGUGCGUCUUAAUCUAUAGGUUUGUUUUCACUUCCUGUGAUAUUUUCCACGAGAAGGAGUCUGAAACCCUUUUAUUUUCUUCCUUUACAGUAUAUGAUCAGAAAAAAAUGUGGUUUUAUUUUCUAUUUGUUUUCUAUAAUUGUAUUUUUUUUCCUAUCAUUUCUAAUAAUUCUCACCACAAGAAAUCAUUGGAUUUGUUUAACUAAUGCUAUAAAAAAUUGUAACAGGACACUAAAUUUGUGGAAAUUGAUCUUGUUUAAAAGGAAAACAAAUCAGAAA